AUGAAGAACGACCACGACCGAACUCUACAACGCUACCUUCGAUGGCACCUCAAGACAUUACGGGAUAAGUAUGAACGAAGAGGUAUCUCUCCCCCCGACGAAGAUACCGCCCGCAGUACGUUUUUGGGGGAAGGAGUCUCUGCUCUCGACCUGGUGACCGUAAAAGACUUCCUACGGUUCUACGCCGCAACGAGCCACCCUCCUAGUCCUUAUAAUAUGGGUACGGCGAACCUUGUGCAUUCUUUACGGGUGGUUUACGUUAUAAGCUUCGGGGCAGCGAUAAAGGAGUAUAAAAGGCUAUUCUACAACGAUACCGAUUUCCUCCUUGCGAUAGCUAUUGCUGAUGGCGCUCUAUUUAGCUACGACACUCUCGACGAUGUACGCCAACAGAUAAUUCCUACCGGCAAGGAUGAGGUUAUCCUCAGAUUUAAGGACGCAGCGCUAGACCGACCCAUUCUCCGAAAAUGCACUAAAGCCGGCGGCGUGACUGACGAUCCCAUGCCUAAAAGCGCAUUUCUCGCCAUCUUUAAGAGCACUCUUAUCAACGCCGGUUAUUUAUAG